AUGGAUCAAAAUUUGGACGAAGAGCAUGCGACUCAAUCCGACAUUUCAAAAAGUGGUAGCAUUGAAGAAAUUGGGCCCGAAGAUGAGAAAACGUCGACGAGUGAACGGCGCACGGUUUCUAGAUCAAGCACCGUAGAAAGAUUGACUUCAGGUGGUACAGCUGAAAAGGACGCAACAAGACGAGCAAGUCACGCUUCACGAAGCAAUUCUGUGAUUUCGCGGGAAGAGCCUUUGGAAGAUUUAGCUCCAAAAAGAGAAGUCCGUGAGCGAAAACUGAAGCGAGAAUUUUCGCCAGACACAUCAGCUGCGUACAAUAGGCGCUCAAUUCAUCAAGGAGCAACUGGAGAAAGCUCGACCAAGGAUUCAUCUGGUUUUGCAACACCGACCCUUCCAGCCGCAGAGCGUCGAAAGUCUAAAGCUGCACCAAGAUACUCACCGCAUACUGCGGAUCAGCCAAAUUCACCAUGUUUUGCUUUGGAUGGAAACCGCGCUGUUGUGAAUUCAUACAGCGAUUUCCUUGCAACACCCACCCUUCGAAAUUUGCCUUCAUCUAACUUCGAGUUGCCUUCGUAUUUCUCUAAAGAAGUGCCGACUCGACUUCACGGGACCAGUUCUGCUGAAAGUUAUUGGGGAAAGGGAAAACCACGUGCUAAACGUGUCAAGAAAGAGCCCAACGAUGAACAAAGUCAAGCUGUCAGGACAGACCCCAUUAAAGAAGAGCCCAAAGAUGAGCAAGGCCAAUCUAGCUUUAUUACUGUAAAUGAUAGCAAAGUCAGUGUUCCACUUUUGGAAGAUCUGGUGAAUGAGGCUUCUAGUCAAAGCAAAACUAGCGGGCGACGUCCUAUCAAGAAAGUUGGCAUUCGGUUGCGUUCUCUUGGCGUCCAGGCGAAGAAGCACGCGAAACAAGAAUUAGCAUCAGAUAAAGAAGCGCCAUUCACAAUGAAGGAUUUGCCUUCUACCUACACAAGGCGACCAAGAAAUACCACCGCUGAAGCACAAGAAGCACAAAGUCAGCAACUUGACGCUGAAACUUCUGAAGCAAAAUGCCCUUUGUUGAAAGAUAUUGUGAAUGAUGCUCUCUCAAUGGAUUUGGGAAAAGAAAUGAACAAAACUGCCUCGUUCUCGUUCUUCACGCCUGACGAACAAAGUAACUCUGCUCAAAAUGAAACUUUGGACGAGGCCUCCUUCUCGCUUGCUGAUUUGCUUGGUCCUGCAUUUCGGAAGGACAAGGUCAAGGAUCAAAGCACUGCUGAUACUGAUGUUAAAAUUAAAGACAGAAAUACUCAACAAGCAAACGAAGUGAAGACUGUGAAAAAACGAGGACGCCCUUUCUCAAAAAAACGAGAGCCCGUUGUUGAGACCAUAACACCAGAUCGCCCUGAAAAGAAGUCAAUCACACCAGAAAAGCAAGAGAGUGGUCGUCGAAGAUCCGAACGAAAAUUGAUUCCCAGUAGCCUUCUUCGAAAUGGUGACGUGGUAGUCACUGUACCGUCAAUCAUCAAUGCCUCUGCCCCAGUGGUGAAUAAAAGACAACAAAAGGAAAAGCCAGUUGAUCCUAAAUCAGCUCUGGGAAUUAUUCGAAAGACCGCUGAAGGGCAAAGACACAAACGCCGCUCUCCAACUCCGGAGAUGUCUGACUUUAUGAAGCAAUUGUUUGAGAAAAAAGUGGAAUGGGCAAAGCAAAAAAUGACUGAGGAGAAGACGAUGACACCGGAGCCGGAGCCCGCUUCCCUAGAAGUGAAACCAGCAAAAUUAGAAACCUCUCGAACGUGUGACCAAGCCAAACAGAAGGACGACGAAUUGACCAUCCAUGAAAAACUAUUGCCGCCUGAGGAUAGAACAAUUAAGAACGAACAAAAGAGUGACGACUUUUCGGAAGGAAAUGUAGAUCUUGCUGAGCCCAAAGAAGUUGUGUCAUCUCCAUCGUCGAUCCACGAUGAUAUUCCAUCAAGCGUUGAUCUACCCACGGAACCACAUGAAAUUGCGGCAGAGCAUGAGCCAAUCGAUACCGAUGCCCAAGCAGCUGAUUUGCAAACGGUGAAGAGAAGAGGCCGACCUUCAAAGAAAAGAUCGUCUGUGGCUCACAGUGAACUUGAAAAUUUGGAAAAGUCUUUGACGGUGGAAAACCCGCCUCAUGUCACUCGAUCAAAAUCUGAACGAAUGAAAGUUAAUGCCGUCGAAUCAAUGGACGUUGACAAGAGUCCGCUAUCAAAACAAGAUCAAUAUAUAACGAGACGUAGAUCUAGACGGAAACCUGUGCCCAGUAGCAUACUUCGAAACAGUGAUGUGGUUGUUAAUGUUCCAUUGAUGGGUACACCGACACAUAAAAGGCAGCGAAAAGAAAAGUCGAUCAAUUCUUCCCCAUCACAAAAAACAAACGAAAAGUUCAGAAAUGAACAAUGUGCCCCGACUCCCGAAGUAUCUACGCCUGCGAAACAGUUGCUUGGAGAGGAAUCAAAUUCGGUGACGGUGGGCAAUGAGAGAACUAUUGUCGUCGAUCCGGAAAUUUUGAAGGCCGUAGACCUGGAGGGACCCAAAGACAAAGAGGAUAUACCCACAGUUGAAGAAGUUCCUCAAGACGAACCAGUUCCACUCGUGAACGAUGAGUUAUCAAAGCACGACAAUGAGAACGUAUUGGUUGAUGGAAAUGCUCGCACUCUUGCAAGCUGCUCUCCUCUGCGACCAGUCCGAUCCGAUGAAGUCCUAAUCAGAAAGCCCAAUUACAAUUUGCGCAACCGCUCACAAGACUCAAUGGCUGAUAGCGAUCUCAACCAGAUGCUCCCGGAGAUGAAACCUGACGAAGCACUAUCCGUCCAGCCUCGAUUUAGGAUUUUAUCUCCAAAGAAGGAAAAACCGAAGACCCAUUUACCCAAAUAUGUCCCAUCAAUAAAACCAUUGAUUGGCUCUAUGCUCUUGGCAAAUGGACAUUGGGAGAACUUAGGCCAAUCGGUAAAUCAAGUUGUCAACAAGUUGUUGUUUGAAGUAUGCCAAGAUGGAGUUGUACAUCAUAACACAUGGCUUUUGACAAAGGAUGAAAUCUAUCAACGGAAUAAAGAACGUUCUCGGGAGGCAAGGGAAUUAAGAAAAAAUCAACCGGUAAUUCAUCGUCGACAAGCUUUGCCACAAGAAGGUCUUGCACUCAGUCGAUCUAAACGGGAGGCACGGAAUAGAUUUAUUGGAAACCAUGAACCACUCCACGUCUCUAUCUCAAAUGAAGAUUACAGUAGUUCAAAUCGCAGCCGGGAAAGUGCAACGAUGGCUAAUGCUGCUCGUGGUUCUGCUUCACUCAGCGAAUUUAUUCAAGCAUUUAGUCAUUCAAACACAAAAGAGAGAAUGUGUGCUCUAGCUUCACCUGGGACUCCGCAAUCGCUUCGCUACCCCGAAAUUGCGACAACAUCUGUAAUCUCAGGUGCUACGCCACCUCCAAAUGGAUUCGUUGAUCGCAAAUUCAUUGCGAUAACUUUUGACGAAAUGCUUUAUAAUUGCGGCUGGGAAAAAUCGUUGAUCGUUGGCCCACACAAAGGAAUUUUAAAUGGAGACAUUUUCUACCGCGAAAUGCUUAUGGAUAGUUCUUAUGAUCUCAACGAGGCACCGUUAAAAGAAGAAGACAGGAUCGACAUUGAAAGUAACGACAAUUUUUUGAUGAGAGAGAGUGAAAAGCAACGAGACCAGCCGCCAAUAAAGCCUGGGGCAUGGGAAGAAUCUAAAAUGACGGCCCGCAAAAUUUGUCAACUGUUACCGCGUCCACAACAUAAACAUGACGAUGAUGCGUCUGGCGACGGUGCUAACUCAUGGACUACUGACGAUGCAAUCGAGCUUGUCAGAAGACUUGAGGAACCACAAAACGAAGAUGCUACAAUGGAAAAGGAUUCUGUGAUUGUCGAAGGAACCUUGAGUGACUGCUUUCAACGACUAAUUGAAAUAGUUUGCUCGCAAUACACACUCGAAACGACAUGUCAACAGGACGGAUAUGAGAAUUGGCAAAGCGUUUACUAUGUGGAGAGUCAGCGAAAUGCAGUACAUUAUGCCGACCUUAUGUUGGUUUUCAGCAAGGAGCGAACCAAACAAUCCGUUAGUUUGCAUCGAUAUUUGCUUGCUUUCUUGCCAGAGCAUUUGCUUGUCAGCUAUCUCACAAUCAUGCGAUAUAGUCGGCAAUUGAAAAACCGAAGUGUCGAUAUUGUGAAUAAGUUCAUAAAGCAAACAAGUGCUGAAACAAACGCACAAAUUACUCAGAAAGCGGCAAAUGAUUCAAGCGUCGAAUCUCCUAAGCGUUGGAUCAAAAUUGGAAAAGCAGUGACCACUUGCAGCAAAAUCAGGAUUAAAGAUCCCAAUCUUGAUGAACUUAACCGGACAACAUUGUCCCGAGUCUUACCAGAUGUGAUUGCCAUUUGUGUGAACCCGUCCGUUUAUCACGAGCAAUAUUUUGAUCAACGCAAUCGGGCUAAUGAAUACACCUACAAAUUGAUCAGUCAAUUGUGCAAUGCGGAUUUUGUUACGGUCAGCUUGGACUUUUCAGCGCUUCGACAUCAUUUAACAAUUGCUGAAGCAAUGUUAACAGCCAUUGAACAAGUCUCCUCAGCGGUUCGGCACGCUGUCAAAGAUCAUAAGAAUAAGCGGAUUGUUUUGUUUGGAUGGGGAACCAGCACCUACAUAAACCAUCGAGUGGUUCAAACAACACCAGGUGUUUCAGCUAUUGUCAAUUUCAACUUUCCCACUCAUAGUGCAUUCGGAAAUCGAGGAGAAGCUGAUGAUGAUAUUUGCUUAACAUAUUGCCCCACUCUAUUUGUAGCUGGCGAGGAUGCUUGCGAUUUUAAUCCACAUGUCAUGCACAGCUUGCGAAGAAAUAUGAUUAAUUAUUCUGGAUUGAUUGUUGUGGGUAGUGCGAAUGAACAACUUUGCGUAGCGCCCGAAGUUUUGGUCGAUCGGCGAAUCACUCAAAAAGUUGUGGCACGGGCUGUUAUGGAGCAUGUGAUUGAGUUUCUCAAUCUGGAUGUCACUCGUAAACAAAGAACUGAGCUCAUCCCGGUUCCGCUCAACGACAUUUUCCAUAUUGAUCCAGAUAUCCUCAAAGCGAAUCCUCGUCCGAUUGCUGCUCGAGCCAGUGCUACGUAUUCGUCUUCGAUGGAUGAGCAACUUCCAUCUCCAGCACUCAUGCUUCCAUCUAUCAGUGAAACGAAUGUUUCCGGUGGCGCCAUGCCUCCGAGAUUACCACAAAAUGAACAAAAACCAACUGUGCUCAGGCCUACGCUUCCGCCUCCAAGGCAACGACCGGUCGUUGCGAUGAGUAGGCCACGGAAACGAUUGUCGGAGGACUUUGGACAAUCUGAAGCCCCAGUGCCACAACAAGUGACGUCUCCGUUUUCUGGAUUGAUGGUGGCUUCGCGGCAGCAAGCGUCACAUUUGAGCAAUCCCAUCCCACAAAGGCCCCCUCAACCAAUGAUUGGCGGAUCAUUACUGCCGGUUUCAAUUCGUCAGCUACCUGGACCGAUGGCGCCGCACUCGCAAGUUGUUGGAGCUCCACUACAUCAGCGACCUGGUCCACCCAUUUCUGUCCAAUUGGUGCCACCACAUCGUCAGCUGCAAAGUAAUCUUCAAGCAAUACAUCGAUCGGUUCGAGGAGUUAUCCCUGUUGGACAAGCGGAAAUGGGACUAUCGGCCACUGAAAGAGCAAGGGAUAGAUUGAGCACAGCACUAUCAAAUUCUUCGUCGGGCUCUCAGUCAGCAGUACAAGGAAAGCCUCAAAAUUUUUCUUCUAUGCAUUUAACAGGAGCGCAGCCGACAGCGGUGCGAGUUGGACCACCACCAGCCAAACAUCAAAGACGAGAUUCGGAAACAAAGACCAAUGAGCCGACGACUAAUCAGGUGAAAAACUACAUUGAUCCAGCGAACUUAACAUUGCAA